UUAACAAGUCCUAGGUGAGCCGCCACUACCUGCCAGGUCCUGUCACAGUGAAGGCUGGUGAUAGCAGGUGAUUAAGUUCUCCAGGCUCUGGAUGCUUCCUCGGUCAUCAAGCCAGGGUCCCACAAGCAACAGUUUUAGCCCGAGGUCAUAUCUUUUUUCCCUGGCAGAAGGUGCAUUGUUUUGGGUGACACCUACACAGGGAGACUUCAAAUCAUAGAAUCAUAAAUCUGGAAGAUCGUAUAGCCAUAAUUCCGGCAAGAAAGGCAGUCCAGGAUUGCUUCCAAACAAGCACUCGAGAGAAGGGGCUGUAGCUCAGUUGUAGAACAUUCAGCUGGCAUGUGAAGCCCCAAGUUCUAUGCUUGGUACUACAAAAAUAUUAAUUGGGAGGCAUCAGAAAUAAAACCUCGAAUCCUCUCUGAGAGAGGCUUGCACCAGGACUCCGUGGGGAAUGAACAAGGUGCCUGGGCCGCAUGGAGGGCAAGUUCUCCCCAGUCGACCUGCCUUGUUACCCUCAUCCUGGGCACAUAUUCCUAGGUUCACAACUACCUGAACUGCUUGGGAGCCCCUGGGAAUGGAUGCCAGAAGGUCACUAAAAGUAGAAAAGUGGUCUGGGGAAACCAGAGCUUCAGGUGGAGAGAGGAGGCUCAUCAGACCCUGACCACAAGACCAUGAAAGCUAGGCGCUGCUGUUCCUCCUAGCUCCAGAUUUCCCAGGGCUGAGCAUUGCUGAGAAAAUGCAGUGUCUGCCAUAGAACUGGCAGGCUUUCAUGUCGCCAAAGGAUUGUUGCACGAGGGAAGAGAUGAUGAGGCUGGAGGCUGGAGCUCGGAGGUAGAGCACUACCCUAGCCUGUGGAAGGCCUACGUUCAAUACCGGGAAGGAGAAACUUCGAAGAGCCACCCCUGGGAAGUUGUCCAUGGACUUGCUGGUUCUAGAGGAUGAAAAGCGCCUUGGGGUGCAGAGCCCUGCUUUACAAAAGGUUAAGGGCCAAGAGCGUGUACGCAAGACAUCCCUGGACCUGCGGCGUGAGAUUAUUGAUGUGGGUGGGAUCCAGAACCUCAUAGAACUGAGGAAAAAACGCAAGCAGAAGAAGCGAGAUGCACUGGCUGCUGCCCAGGAGCCACCUCCAGAGCCAGAGGAGAUCGUAAGGGUCCUGGGAUGGACAAACGUGGGCAGGGGGAGCCCGAAAGUCCCCAAACUCUCUACUAUUCUCUGUGAGUGGAUGCUCUUCCCGCAGACUGGCCCUGUGGACGAGGAGACGUUCCUGAAGGCUGCAGUGGAAGGAAAAGGGAAAGUCAUUGACAAAUACCUGGCCGAUGGAGGUUCCGCAGAUACCUGCGAUGAGUUCCGUCGGACAGCACUACAUCGAGCCUCCCUGGAGGGUCACAUGGAGAUACUGGAGAAACUUCUGGAGAAUGGGGCCACUGUGGACUUCCAGGAUCGGCUGGACUGCACAGCCAUGCACUGGGCCUGCCGUGGAGGCCACCUGGAGGUGGUGAGACUCCUGCAAAGCCGAGGAGCCAACACCAAUGUGAGAGACAAGCUCCUGAGCACUCCCCUGCACGUAGCCGUUCGCACUGGACACGUGGAGAUUGUGGAACACUUUCUGUCUCUGGGCUUGGAUAUCAAUGCCAAAGACAGGGAAGGGGACAGUGCCCUACAUGAUGCCGUGAGACUCAACCGCUACAAAAUCAUCAAACUGCUGCUCCUGCAUGGGGCUGACAUGAUGGCUAAGAACCUGGCAGGAAAGACCCCUACAGACCUCGUCCAGCUAUGGCAAGCAGAUACUCGGCAUGCCCUGGAGCAUCCUGAGCCAGAAUCAGAACAGAACGGACUGGAGAGGCUUGGGAGUGGGCGUGAGACCCCCCAGCCAGUACCAGCCCAGUAAAAGUUGGGCAACAGUCCCCUACUAUGGAGCUACUUGCAACCAGCCUGGC